AUGAAACCACGGGACUUAUGGCCAGCAUUGUUGUUUAUUGCUCGAUGCGUUUUCCAUCUCAGCGCAGAAACAUUAGCAAAUAAUACACAACCAUUUGAAUGUUAUGUUGAUGAUCCGCUAGCAUGCAAUCAAAGUAAGUAUGAAGUAUGCAUAUUUCGUUCUGGCGCUUAUAGCUGUCAAUGUCCGCAAAAUGUGACACGAAGCGCAGAUGGACGAUGUAUUGUAAUUGAUGAAUGCGCUGAGGAACGCCUUAAUGACUGUCAUCAAAAUGCAAUAUGCAUUGAUAAGAUUGAAGGUUACACCUGCCAGUGCUUGGAUGGUUUUGUUGAUUUAUCAGAGAAUGAAGAAUUUAAACCAGGUAGAAUAUGUGAAAAAGAUAUCAAUGAAUGUGCUGAUCCUAUCACUUACAAUAUUGAUUGUUCCGAAAAUGCCACUUGUCACGAUAUACCUGAAAGUUUUACCUGUAUUUGUAAUCCUGGAUUUAUUGAUAUUAGCAGCCAUUACUCUUUAUUACCUGGAAGGAAGUGUGUUGAAAAUGUCGAUGAAUGUAGUAAUGGAACAACAAAUGAUUGCUCACCUAAUGCUGAUUGCAUUGAUCAACCGAUUGGGUAUAUAUGCAAAUGCAAGGAAGGAUUUAUUGAUACUAGCGUAAGUAUAAGUCAUUAUCCAGGGCGUCAAUGUAUUGCGCCAAAAGAGCCUCAAAUUAUCAGUUCACAACAAAUGCAAUUUCCAUUCUAUCCAACAUUUCAAUCAAAUUGUUCAAUGAAUCAAACAUGUUUAAAUAAUAGCCAUGUACCACAUUUAUGUCAUUGUUUACUACCUGGUACCUUAAUUACUUCUCAUGGACAAUGCAUAAUAUUCAAUCAAACAAUAAAUCAUUGUAAACAACAAAAUGAUUGCGAUUUGGCUGCAAUUUGUUCGAAUACAUGUGUUGGAUACAAAUGUCAAUGUCCACCUGGUUUCUUAGAUAUGUCACCUGAUCCGGUACGAUUACCGGGAAGAAAAUGCAUUCAAUUAAUUAAUGAAUGUGGUACGAAUAAACAUGAUUGUUCACCGUACGCUACGUGUACUGAUACGUUAGAAUCAUAUUUAUGCAAAUGUAAUGCUGAAUAUAUCGAUGUUUCAUCACGUUAUGGCUUAAAACCUGGACGUCGUUGUACACAAUCAUUGAAUCAUUGUGCUAAUCGAUUAACUAAUUUGUGCGAUGAAAAUGCAGAUUGUGUAACAUUAAUGGAUAAUUAUACCUGUAUUUGUGCUACCGGAUAUUUUGAUGUUUCCAAUAAUGCUAAGCUACCAGCUGGACGUGUAUGUACUUUGCAAACUUAUUGCCCUGUUCAACCAAGCGAUCUUGUUUUCCUAAUCGAUGGUAGUACUUCUAUUGGUGUAAAAGUUUUUCAGAACGAGAUACUUCGUUUUGUGAAAGAUUUCAUUGAUUUAUUUGAUAUUUCAUCGGAACAAACGCGUGUAGCUGUAGUACAAUUCUCGGAUGUUAUUAGACAUGAAAUUUACUUAAAUCAAUGUUUAUCGAUACAGCAAUUAAGAGAUGCUAUUAGUAAUAUUGAGUAUCUGAAAGGUGCAACUAGAACAGGUUAUGCAAUACAAUAUGUUACUGAUAAAGCAUUCACUGAAAAUCUCGGUGGUCGGCCAGGUGAUAGUGGAAUAUCACAAAUUGUUAUCAUUAUCACAGAUGGAAGGUCACAGGAUAGUGUGACAAGCGCUGUUGAAAAUGCAAAAUUGAAAGGAAUUAAAUUAUUUGCAGUUGGUGUCACAGAGCAUGUAUUAUAUGAUGAAUUAGAAUUGAUUUCUGGUUCAAAAAGUCGAACAUUCGUUGUAAAUACAUUUAAAGAUUUGAAUGCACGUUUGAGAAGUAUAAUUCAGAAAGCAACCUGUCCAGUUAAUAUUUCAUCACCAGCAAUAUUUAAAGAUAUUAUAUUAAUAUUAUUUGUAUUGUUUAUAAAAAUCUAUGAUGGAGCAAAAUGUUCUUCGCUGUUGCUAUUAUUAUUAUUAUUAUCUACUGCAUUGGUUACAGGCGCAGAAGAAAAUUGCGUAUUGCACUCGCAUGCAGGAUGUGAUCGAUCGCUUAAUCAAAUAUGUGCAUUAAAAAGUGGAAAACCAUGUUGUUCCUGUCCGAUGCCAUUUGAACAACAUCCAAUUACACGGGUUUGUGGUGGUGCUUUAUGUAAUCCACAAAUUAUCUCCUCAUGUCCAAGUCCUGAAAUAUGCCAGAUGACACCACACGGUAAUCAUCGUUGUAUCUGUCCACCUAAUACAGUACGAGAUCAAAAAUCUGGUGCUUGUACGACUACACAUAAACCAUCGAUGAUGCCUGGGAUAAUGCCAAAUGAAUGCGGAAAUAUGAUUCCGUGUAAACAAAAUGAACAUUGUAUCAUGUCAUUAACCGGAAGACGAGUCUGUCAAUGUUUGCCUGGCUACGUGAUUAAUUCAAGUGGUAAAUGUCAACCAAGAGGAACAUGUCAACCAUACCUACCAAAUGCUUGUGAUCAACGACGAAACGAAGAAUGCUUACCAGAUGAUCACGGAGGAUUCACGUGUCAAUGUGCUGCUAAUCAAAUCCGUCAUCCUAUCACCCAGAUUUGUUUGGUGGAUGAAUGCGCUGCUGGUACGCAUGAUUGUGAUAAUAAUGCAAAUUGUAUUGAUACAGAUGAAGGAUAUAUUUGUACAUGUAAGGAUGGUUAUAUCGAUGAAAGUCCGGAUCAGUCACAAAAACCCGGAAGAGUUUGCCGGAAACAAAUAGAUGAAUGCUCCGAAGGUAUUCAUAAUUGUUCAGAAUAUGCAGAUUGUAUUAAUUUACCAAAAGGAUUCUUAUGUCGAUGUAGAGAAAAUUAUGUUGAUUUCAGUCCAAAUCCACAACAUUUUGGUGGCACAUAUUGUAAGCCAAUGAUUAAUGAAUGCGCUAAUGAAUCAUUAAAUACCUGUAAUAAAAAUGCAAUUUGUAUUGACACAAUGGAUGGAUACAAAUGUCAAUGCAAAGAUGGCUUUAUUGAUCACGAUGAAAUGCGAAAUCCAGGCAGAAUUUGUCAACAAGAAAAUCGCCUUUGUAUAACGAAUCAAAAUGAUUGUGAUAAGCAUGCAAAAUGUAUUGAAAAAGGUACCAAUGAAUACAUUUGUGUCUGUGAACCUGAUUACAUUGAUAAAAGUCCUGAACCAAGUAAACCAGGUCGUGUUUGCUUAGAACGUAUCUGUAGUAAUCCAUCAAAGCAUGAUUGUCAUCCGGCUGCUUCAUGUACCGAAGUUGCAAAACCGGAACGUUAUACAUGUUCAUGUCGUAAUGGUUAUAGUGAUAUGGAUCUGCUUAGACCUGGAAGAAUAUGCAAAGAGUUAGUAAAUGAAUGUUUAAAUUCAUCGUUAAAUGAUUGUGAUCCAGCAGCUACAUGUACUGAUUUAAAAGAGGGUUAUACCUGUACUUGUCCACCUAAUUCCAAGGAUAUUUCACCGAAUAGUCAAAAGCCUGGGCGAAAAUGUUCCAUUUUGGUAAAUGAAUGUACAAAUUCACAUUUAAACAAUUGUAGUCGUUUUGCGGAUUGUAUAGAUCGUGAAGAUGGUUAUGAAUGUGUAUGUAAAACUGGUUAUCGUGAUGGAAAUCCGGCUAAACCGGGAACAGAUUGCAAGUUAAUAGUGAAUGAAUGUCAAUCAUCAAAUUUGAACAAUUGUGAUAAAAAUGCAGAAUGUAUUGAUACGGAAGAAGGAUAUCAAUGCAAAUGUAUUCCACCUUAUAUCGAUCAAAAUCCAUCACAACCCGGAACGGUUUGCCGGAAAAAAGGUAUACCAUGUGGUGAUACGGCAUGUCAGGAAGAACUUGGUGAAAUUUGUUCUGAGAAUCAGUUAUGUAUUUGUCCGCCUGGACAAAAACGUUCAGGUCCUGAAAAAAAAUGUCGUCCGGUUGAAUCAUGGUCAUUACCUUUGUUGGUCAUUCGUCAGAAUACUGAAGAAUUAAAUUACAACGAUAAUUUAAGAAAUCCACAAAGUGACCAGUACAAAGAAUUGGUCAGUGCAUUUGAAAAAGGUAUUGCUGAAAGUUAUGCAAAUACAUCGCUUAAAAAUGGUUUUGUGGUUGCUGAAGUAAACGAAAUUGCUCGACCAAGUGAUUUCAUUAAGCAAUGGGAUAAAGGAAUUUUGUACAAUUUUACGGUUAAUUUUGUACGCGGUAGUGUCGCAUCACCUGAAAGCGUUUUUACGGAACUUUUGCAGUAUAUUGCACAUCGGAAUAAUUUUGAAGUUGGUAAAAGUAAACAAUUCAUUAGUCCAUAUCAAGCAAAUCCUUUUGAUAAUUGUUAUAAAAGUGACUGUCAUCCGGAUGCAAAGUGUACUGCCACUCCAACCGGAUACAGAUGUCAAUGUCCGGAAACACAUCGUGACCUGAAUCCGUCAAAAGCCGGACGUGAUUGUGUAAGUUAUGCUGGUGUAAAUGAAUGUGAACGAAAAGAAUGGAAUGAAUGUGAUGAGAAUGCUCGAUGUAUUGAUGAAGAUUACCUGUACAGAUGUGAAUGCAUAAAACCAUUUGUUAAUGCAGCACCACCAGGAAAAUUACCUGGUUCAGUAUGUCAUAUUGAUUAUUGCUCUGAUGUCAACUUUUGUCCUGCAAAUGCUACCUGUCAAAAUGGUGAAAGAGAGGCUCAAUGUGUAUGCAAAGAAGGUUACGUGGAUAUUCGACCCAGUUUAUCCCAAAAUCAACCUAAUUAUCCUGAAAUGGUACAUUGUGUACUACUGCAAGAUGUCAACGAAUGCGCUCUUGGUCUAACCAAUUGCAGUGCAGUAGCAGUUUGUACUGACCUACGAAUUGGAUAUGAAUGUCAUUGCCCGAAUGGAUAUUUGGAUGGUAAUCCAAGUGAACCUGGUCGAAUAUGUGCAGCACAAUUGUGUGGCUUAUGUAAUGGUCAUGGUGAUUGCAUAUAUAAUGAAGCGACAAAAAAUGUGACAUGUUCAUGUGUUGGUGGUUAUACUGGAGAAUUUUGUGAGAUUGAACCAUCUAAGACACUGCUAUUACUCUUCCUGAUCUUGGCUGUUUUACUAUUACUUUUGUCACUUUGUCUUUGCAUGUACUUCUGCUCGAGACUUCGAUGUUUCCGACGAAAACCAGAAACAAGUAUUGGAAGUGGUCGAGAGAUUCUUAGUUCUGAUUACUAUUCCAUUCCACGUGCUAAACUAAAACGACGUGAGGUCGAUGAUACUGCUCCAGCGGAAGUAAGUAGCCGUCAGUUACAGCGUUACUUAGAUGAUGGAGGUUCCAUUUCCGGUGAAUCAUCUGGUUCGUCAGUUCAAUUCGAAAGACGAGUUAUUACCGACAUCACAACACAUGAAAUUAAAAAGACCAUUUAUCAUGAUCCGGAAACUGGACAAGCAAUUUAUGAAGUUACUGCAACAGCUAGCAGUAGCGCAGGUGAUGGUGGACAUUCACAGUUUCUUCGACCACCGAUUGAAAUCGAAUCGGAACAACAUGCAGGCGAACAGUAUCCAAGGAGCGAAUCAACAUCACGAAUAGAUGGAAGUGGAAGAGGUACAAUACGUGAAAGUGGAUCACGUGAAUACACAGCUACCCGAACUACUCGUCAAAUGGCAGAUGAUUACGAUGAUAAAGAAGCAUAUAGUCAAGAGGAUGAAAUUGAUGGCGCUGUUUUUGAUAGAACAACUAAGCUUUCUACACGACAUGAUUUCAUGCCAGCAGAAUAUGGACAUGGUGGAGUGGAACGAAGACGCAAUGAAAUGUCAACUAUGACCAAAUCACAUGAGACAAGUUACUAUUAG